AUGGGUUCUAAGAGAAGGUUUUCAGAAAGUCACGAACAUGCUGAUCCAGUAGAGACUUCUAUUCCAGAAAAGGCUGCCGAAAUUGCUGAAGAAUUAACUAAAAAGCAUCCAAUUUCCACUGAAGAAACGUUAAUCCACCAUGACGCUGGAGAAUUCAGUGGGCUUGUUCGUCAUAAAACCACAUCAGAAAGUGCUGUUAAGCUAGAAGAGGGCGAGGCUAAUCCUUUUACUGGCCGUAGUUUUACUCCAAAAUAUUUCGAUAUUUUGAAGAUAAGACGUUCAUUACCUGUCCAUGCACAAAGAGAUGAAUUUUUGAGAAUUUAUCAAGAAAACCAAAUCAUGGUCUUUGUUGGUGAAACUGGUUCCGGUAAAACUACACAAAUUCCACAAUUCGUUCUUUUCGAUGAAAUGCCACAUUUACAAGGUACUCAGGUUGCUUGUACUCAACCUCGUCGUGUUGCCGCAAUGAGUGUCGCCCAAAGAGUUGCAGAAGAAAUGGAUGUGAAACUUGGUGAAGAAGUUGGUUACUCCAUCAGAUUUGAAAAUAAAACAUCUAAUAAGACUAUACUAAAAUAUAUGACGGAUGGUAUGUUAUUAAGAGAAGCCAUGGAAGAUCACGAUUUGAAGCGUUAUUCAUGUAUCAUUUUAGAUGAGGCGCACGAGCGUACUUUAGCUACCGAUAUUUUAAUGGGUCUUUUGAAACAAGUCGUCCAAAGAAGACCUGAUUUGAAGUUAAUUAUUAUGUCUGCUACAUUAGAUGCAGAAAAGUUUCAACGUUAUUUCAAUGAUGCCCCAUUAUUGGCCGUUCCUGGUAGAACAUACCCUGUGGAAUUAUACUAUACACCAGAAUUUCAAAGAGACUAUCUAGAUUCCGCUAUUCGUACAGUUCUACAAAUUCACGCAACUGAAGACGCUGGUGAUAUUCUUCUUUUCCUGACUGGUGAAGAUGAAAUCGAAGAUUCAGUAAGAAAGCUGUCAUUAGAAGGUGACAAAUUAGUUAGGGAUGAAGGCUGUGGUCCGUUGGCAGUCUAUCCAUUAUAUGGUUCACUGCCACCACACCAACAACAAAGAAUUUUUGAGCCAGCUCCAGAAUCCCAUAAUGGUAGACCUGGUAGGAAGGUCGUGGUAUCUACUAAUAUUGCCGAAACAUCUUUGACAAUCGAUGGUAUUGUCUAUGUCGUUGAUCCUGGUUUUUCUAAGCAAAAAGUCUACAACCCUAGAAUUAGAGUGGAAUCAUUACUAGUCUCUCCAAUUUCUAAGGCAUCUGCCCAACAGAGAGCUGGUCGUGCUGGUCGUACUAGAUCAGGUAAAUGUUUUAGAUUGUAUACAGAAGAAGCAUUCCAAAAGGAAUUGAUCGAGCAAAGUUAUCCUGAAAUUUUACGUUCGAAUCUUUCUUCUACUGUUCUUGAAUUAAAGAAAUUAGGUGUUGACGAUUUGGUCCAUUUUGAUUUCAUGGAUCCACCAGCUCCAGAAACUAUGAUGAGAGCAUUAGAAGAGCUAAAUUAUUUGGCAUGUUUAGAUGACGAUGGUAACUUAACUGCCUUGGGUAGAUUAGCUUCUCAAUUUCCUCUGGAUCCAAUGCUGGCAGUUAUGCUAAUUGGCUCUUCUAAGUUCAAUUGCUCUGAAGAAAUGUUGACAAUAGUGGCAAUGCUAUCUGUUCCAAAUGUCUUCAUUCGUCCAUCUAAAGAUAAGAAACGUUCCGAUGAUGCCAAAAAUAUCUUUUCUCACCCAGAUGGUGACCAUAUUACGUUGCUAAACGUCUAUCAUGGUUUCAAGUCAGAUGAAGCAUAUGAAUAUGGUAUCAAUAAAUGGUGUCGUAAUCAUUUCUUAAACUACAGAUCUUUAUCAGCUGCUGACAAUAUUCGUGCACAACUUGAAAGAUUAAUGAUUCGUUAUAAUUUAGAACAGAAUACUACUGACUACGAUAGUCCGAGAUAUUUUGACAACAUCAGGAAGGCAUUAGCUGCCGGAUUCUUCAUGCAAGUUGCAAAGAAAAGAUCAGGGGGGAAAGGCUACAUCACGGUGAAAGACAACCAAGAUGUUUUAUUGCAUCCAAGUAGUGUUCUUGGUCAUGAUUCUGAAUGGGUUAUCUACAAUGAAUUUGUCUUAACAUCAAAGAACUAUAUAAGGACUGUCACAUCAGUUAGGCCAGAAUGGUUAGUUGAAUUAGCGCCUGCAUACUAUGAUCUUGAUAACUUCCAAAAGGGUGACGUUAAACUUUCACUAGAAAGAAUUCAAGAGAAAGUUCACAGAAUUAAAGAGAUUAACAAAAGUAGGGAUGGUAAAAAGGAGAAGCAAAAAAAGAAAAAAUAG